CUGAAGAGGAAAUGUUGCUUUUUGACAGAUGAGAGAAAUCCCCUUAGUGCUGGCUGUGGGAAGGGAGAAGUGAAGUCAGUCACCUGGUGGUGAAGGCCAGUAAAACAGCAAAGCGGGAGGAAAAUUGCUGUCUCCCUCUCUCUUCUCUCCCUCUUUUCUCUCUGUGGGAGCAACCUCCUAUUCUCUCAACUCUUUUAGCAUAACCUUCAAAGGAGAACGGUCCCUUCAGACUUUAUUACCGUCUUUUCCCCACUGAGAGAAUACCUCUUAGCUACAAGACAUUUUUUAAGUCUAUGCAGGACUUCGGGGAUUCAGUUAUCUUGCCAGGGAAAUUGAUGAUUGCUAAUGUCUGGGACUCACAGCGUGCUAAAUUAGCUACCAGAGUAUGCCUGACGGAGGAAGGCUUUUAUCACAUACUCUUCUCUCCAGUUUGAACACAUUUGCUUGAAUUUUGCCGCAUGAUGCUGUCCAGGGAAGCAGCUUUUUUUCUUGGGAUGCAGCAACUCGCUGGUUUCUAAGCUUAUUGCAGAAGAAGAAAUAAUCUGAAAUAGAGUGGAAUUUUUUUCCCCCCUCCUCUGCUGGAUUCGACUGAGCCGUGGUGGACCGCGGUAAAGAUCACCUGUCCCUAAAUCUUUGAAGAAGUAAAACAAAGUGAAUUACCAUUAGUAUUUAUUUAUUUAUAUCAUUUUUUUUUUUUUUUUAAACCGGCGGAGGCGGCGAGACCACGGAGAAUGAGACUGAGAGAAGCUGCCAGGGCUUGGAGGAGGAUAAAGCUGAGUUUCAGCUGGAAACUAAAAGACUAAAAGAUCGGUUCGGGGAGCAACUUGACCGGUUCCUCUCCACUUCCUUUAGUUUCGCUCCAUGGAUAGAUCCACGGACCUGGACAUCCAGGAGCUCAAGGCAGGCCAAGAGAGAUGGAUUUUCUACUGCUGGGAUUACCUAGGGAAGAGGUCAGCAAGCCCCACAGGAGUGCAUGCACAACCGCACAGAGACUAAGCAUUUUGUGACUUCAAGAUAUUAGUACUUGGACUCAGAAUGAUGACACGAGAACAAUAUAUACUAGCAACACAACAGAACAGCCUGCCGAGAACUGAAAAUGCACAACUUUACCCUGUGGGGAUUUAUGGAUGGCGAAAGAGGUGCUUAUACUUCUUUGUCCUUCUGCUGUUGGUUACCAUGAUAGUUAACUUAGCCAUGACAAUAUGGAUAUUGAAGGUUAUGAAUUUCACUGUGGAUGGUAUGGGGAAUCUGAGAGUCACCAAGAAGGGAAUCCGACUUGAAGGUAUAUCUGAGUUUCUACUUCCAUUGUAUGUGAAAGAAAUUCAUUCCCGAAAGGACAGUCCACUGGUCUUACAGUCUGACAGGAAUGUAACAGUGAAUGCAAGAAACCACAUGGGGCAACUCACUGGACAGCUGACAGUCGCCCACAAUUUGAUUAUUUCCUGUCGUCUAUUCCUCCUGGGAGCUGAGGCUGUGGAGGCGCAGUGUAAAAGAUUUGAAGUAAGAGCAAGCGAAGAUGGCAGGGUGCUGUUCUCUGCAGAUGAAGACGAGAUAACUAUUGGGGCUGAGAAGCUAAAGGUUACAGGAACUGAAGGAGCAGUAUUUGGGCACUCUGUGGAAACACCUCAUAUCAGAGCAGAGCCAUCCCAAGACCUCAGGCUUGAAUCACCAACCAGAUCCUUGAUAAUGGAAGCUCCACGAGGGGUCCAGGUGAGCGCAGCUGCAGGUGACUUCAAGGCUGCCUGCAGGAAGGAACUGCACUUGCAGUCUACAGAAGGGGAGAUUUUUCUAAAUGCAGAUACAAUCCGGCUAGGAAAUCUACCAACCGGUUCCUUCUCUUCUUCACCCAGCUCCUCAACUUCUCGACAGACAGUGUAUGAACUGUGUGUCUGCCCCAAUGGCAAACUCUAUCUUUCUCCAGCUGGAGUAGGCUCCACCUGUCAGUCCAGUAGCAGCAUUUGCUUGUGGAGCUGAAGCGACUGAUUUCUCCUCACACCAGAAUAGCCUUUUGUUCCCGUCCGUCUGCUUCACAGUUUUGCUCGUUUUCCCGUGUGAUCAGUGCAGAGCUUCUUCAGAUGGACCACAGAGCAAACUUGUCCAGGAUCAGCAGGGAUUGGCGCCCACCUUCUCCUGAUUCACCUGACUCAACACAGUGUGACUGACUCGGCCGUGGGAGAAGCAUCUCCAGCAGGAAACCUGGAUCAUGACAUUUGCUCGAAAAGGAGAAUAACUUAGGUGCCUUUGCUACGCGGAGUGAAGCACACAGUUUUAGAUUUUUGCAGAACCUGGCUACGAACUGCGCACGAACACAUUACCAGAUGAAAUUCCCAAAUCCAAUGGUGACAUGAAACGCUGACCCCCGUCAGAAGACUAAUUCUGCAGUCCGAAAGCACAAUUUUCCAUUCAUCUUUUUUGGACGUAAACUUUUAUCCCCGAAUUUUAAAAUUUUGAAGCAUUAUGUAAUGCUUGCUUUACUAAAAAAUUAAAUUCAAUACAUGGUUUUUAACUAAAUGAAACAAGACAAGACAGAGUCCCUGAGUUGUUUUUGUUUCUUUAAAUUCAGUGUGUUGGUACUCUUUGUCUACUAAGCCUGGAAUUUUGUACAUUAGAUAAUUUUAAAAGCGCUCAGCAAUAUAAUCUUUACAAAAUUAACAAAAAUACCAUUAUGCUCUCAUUUGUCAGAUCUGGAUGGCCUUCUAUUUAUGUGGCUAUUGCAUGUGACACAUUUGCUUUUAACAAAACAUCGGAACAAUUGCAAUAUAAGAUAGGAGGGAUAUACUUACAGUGUGGAACCCAUCAGUUAUUUCGUUAAUAAUUCACAUGGUGUCCUUUACCCUUAGGUUUUAAUAAUACUCUUUUGUUUGCUCCAUUUACAUUAAACUCGAUUUUUAACUGCUAAAGUUAAACCAGCCUCUAAUUAAAUGCUAAUGUUAUGCAUAAUGCUGAGAACGGGUUCACUUUCCACAGGGACAUCAACUUCAAAUUAAGUAUCCUUCUUUUAAUUUCAGGUUCAUAUUUAAGAAGGUUAGAAAUUAAAUUAUAAAUUCCAGAAAAGGAAAUGGUAAAAAGACAAGGGUUCAGCAGAGUGUUGGAUGAGUGCUUUCUCCGUUUAGGAAUCUAGUCACGCCUCUGUUCUUUGACUGUUAACAUUUAGUCACUUCUAUUAGACUGUUAAGUUACCAUGACAUCAUGAACCGUAGCUCUUUCCAUUCUCCGCUGUUUAUUUUUGUUACUGAGUUCCCAAUAAAUAAUUCCAGAAAAUUA